AUGGUUUUGAAGACUGAAUUAUGCCGUUUCAGUGGCCAGAAGAUAUAUCCUGGAAGGGGUAUCAGAUUCAUUAGAUCAGAUUCUCAGGUUUUCCUGUUUGCCAAUUCCAAAUGCAAGAGGUACUUCCAUAACAAGUUGAAGCCUUCCAAGCUCACAUGGACAGCCAUGUACAGAAAGCAACACAAGAAGGACAUUGCUCAGGAAGCAGUGAAGAAGAGAAGACGUGCAACCAAGAAGCCAUAUUCAAGAGCCAUUGUGGGGGCCACUUUGGAAGUUAUUCAGAAGAAAAGAAGUGAGAAGCCUGAAGUUCGUGAUGCUGCUAGGGAGGCAGCUCUUCGUGAGAUAAAGGAAAGGAUUAAGAAGACAAAAGAUGAGAAGAAAGCAAAGAAGGCAGAGGUGGUGUCAAAACAAAAGACUCAAAGCAAGGGUGGCAAUGCCCCUAAAGAAUGGGUGAUCGAUCAAGUGAACCCUGGCCGACAUUUGAUUCCGUGCCCAAAUUCUCUGGAUCCUUCAAAAGAUUGUAAAUUUUUUGUAUGGGUAAAUGAGGAUUCGGGUAUGCACUUGUAUGAGAGUAAAAUUAAUGAGUUGCAUAGGGAGAAUAUGGAAUUGUUCAAUGAAAAUAUGAACCUUUCAAAGAAGAAUAUGGAUUCUGCUGAAGGAGUUAAUGAAGCUUAAGGUCAAUGACAAAUAGGAGCCUGAUAUAUUCCUAUGGAGGUUGAUGAUGUUUGGUAUUGUUGUGGUUAGCGUCUUUAUUUUGUUAAUUUUUAUGUAAUUGGGCUAGUUAGGUUAAUCUAAGAUGGUUAAUUAUGUAAUAGGGUGAUGUUGGUUUUUACCCUUUUUCUAACUUUUGUAAUGGAAUUGUGAUGUUGGUUUAUUAAGCACAUUUGUAAUGGAAUCGUGAUUUUGGUUAUUAUACAC